ACGCAGACUACCGGGCCAUACUGUACUGUGCCAACCUGCCCUCGCACACUCGGCCACGCCUGACCCACUCACGCGCCCGCCACGCUGCUGCACGACUGACAGACCGCAAGCUUCUUCGCCGCCACUCGGGAGCUUCUUGGUGGCGAUGACAGACUGAUGCAUCACGCUCGUAGCACUAUUCUGGUCUGAGGCAGUUUAGGGUUAUAUCGUGAAGUGCUGUUUUACGUAUAGUGAAGGAAACGAAUGACAGGGUACACGUUCCUGAAGCCUUUCUAAAUGUAUGUCCUGGAGAAGUCCGCGAGAUUUUUGAGCACAUGUGGUACAAUAGAGGCCAGCGCCAGCGCGGCCUCAGUGCUUGACAAGAAAAAAGUCGAAGAAGUUGAUUCAGUGCACCAAAUUCGAAAGUGUUUUUCUCACCUGCGUUUGGCACAAGUGACAGGAGCAAAGCAGCGGACGUCCUCUGCCCGAAUUGACUUGGAGAAAAGCGACCACCCUCAUUCCGCCAGCAUGAAAUGGAGCGCAGGGCUGAGCACAUGUAGCGGGGGUCAUGAGGACUCGGGGGACCUGCAGGACCGGAACAACAACAAUAAUAAUAACUGCAAGAACAACAAGAACAUCACCAUGACCAGCGAGGAUCUUCUGCAGCCCGGUCACGUGGUCAAGGAGCGAUGGAAAGUGGUUCGGAAGAUCGGUGGCGGCGGUUUUGGGGAGAUCUACGAGGGACAAGAUCUGGUGACUCGCGAGCAGGUUGCCCUCAAGUUGGAAUCCGCCAAGCAGCCCAAGCAGGUCCUCAAAAUGGAGGUGGCAGUACUCAAAAAGCUUCAAGGUCGCGAGCACGUGUGUCGCUUCAUCGGUUGUGGGCGGAACGAGCGCUUCAACUAUGUGGUGAUGCAACUUCAGGCCAAGAACCUCGCCGAGCUGCGCCGCGCCCAACCCCGAGGAGCUUUCAGCCUUUCCACUGCGCUGCGCCUCGGCCACCAGAUCCUUCGUGCCAUCGAGGCCAUCCACGAGGUCGGCUUCCUGCACAGAGACAUCAAGCCGUCCAACUUCAGCAUGGGUCGCCUGCCUCACAACUGUAGAAAAACUUACAUGCUAGACUUUGGACUUGCCCGCCAGUACACCAAUGCAAAUGGAGAGGUGCGGACACCCAGGGCUGCAGCUGGGUUUAGAGGAACAGUAAGAUACGCCUCUAUGAACGCCCACAAGAACAAGGAGAUGGGCCGCCACGAUGACUUGUGGUCCCUCUUCUACAUGGUUGUUGAGUUUGUCAAUGGUCAGCUGCCAUGGAGGAAAAUUAAGGACAAAGAACAGGUUGGUCUAAUGAAGGAGAAGUACGACCACCGCCUCCUCAUCAAACACUUGCCAUCAGACUUCAAGCAAUUCCUUGAACACAUCCAGAAUUUGGAUUACCAUGAUAAACCUGACUAUGCCAUGUUGUCGGGACUGUUUGAGCGCUGCAUGAAGAGGCGAGGCAUUAAGGAAUCAGACCCCUUUGACUGGGAGAAGACCCCCACAGACAACUCCCUUGGAACCACGACUACCACCACUCAUGCUGUCAUCACCAAGCCACAGCAUGCUGACAGCCGCCUGGCGUAUGGUGGUGGCAUGACAGACAACAUGCUGGAUGACAACGUGCUAGGCUCUGUUGACAAUCAGGAGAAUGUUGAGGCACACCAUGAGCGGGAGCACGACCCACGCCGCCGCCGCCGCCGUGACACUGUCCUUCACCAGCCUCAGCCUAACAUUAACCAGCAACAGGUGGAGACUAAGGAGCGGGUGCUGAACGAUAACAACGUCAAUGCCAACAUCAUCGCCAACAAUGAGAAGGACACCAACGAGGUGGAGAUGUCCCCCAAGAAGAGAAAGUUUAGCCACAUUGCAAAUCUACACACAUCUCUUAUGAUGUGCUAUGUUGAAGAGUUUAACUGUGAGAAGGAAGGAGAAGGGGGAGUAGAGAAGGAGAAGGAGGGGCGGCUAGAGUGUUCUACUGACUGGGAUGGAGAUGCAGUCAUGGCGUCCAGGCAAGGCCACACAACACCCAGGGGAGCUGGUGGUGAUGACAACAAGAACAGGAAGCCACUGGCUGUCUUGCGUCUCUCCUCAGUGGACACAGCUGCUGAUGACGUGGACAUGAACGUUGAACCUGCCAGCAAGAGAGAUGAUCAGUAUUCGGUGCAUGAUGCCAGCUACGUAAGCUUCCAAGAGGGUGGACGGCUGGCCCGCAUGGAGCCUACAGGUGGAGUGUCUCCCGGCGGCUCCACACCACCCACUGAAGGAGAGUUCCACCCCCACGCCCGUGACCACACACCGCAUCGCCGAACUCAUCACAAGAGGAGUCUCAGCUUUGCCAGGUUCCAUCCAGUGCAGCGGGCCAAGUACCUGGGACACCGAGACCUCUCCAUCACUCAGUUUGCUUUGGCUGAUGAUGACAACGUAUCCCAGCCUGUGACAAAGGGUGGCGGUGGUGGCCUCACUCUCGCCUCUCAGUGGAAGUCUCAGUUUGAUGACUCAGAGGAGACAGACAAUGAGCUCAAGGCUGACAACCUGCAGAGUCCUGAACACAAGCAAAGAAUUACACUUGUGUCGCCAUCAUCACGGGGGCCUGACGAUACCACCAUCACACCUGUGCAGGAUGCUGGAACCACUGAGAAGUCUCGAAGGGCUGGGGCAGAACUGUCCAGGAUCAGUGAGGAUGACCGCCACCGCUCAUCUGACCACCACACCCACACACAGGUGCCUGAUGUUACAAUAAUAGGAGGCAGUGUUGCUGGAAGCCACGGUGUGGAAGAAUUGCGUGCCAUGACAAAGGCAUCAGGGGGCAUUGAGGAGGUGGAUGACUGUCUGCCACCAGAAGGACAGGAAGGGGUGGUGCAUGUUGAACUUGGUAAUCAGGUUGGCUUACCACGUGCCUGGUCCAAUCCUCAACUGUCCAGUCACAUUCGGCCAGGCCUAGAGCCCCCUCUUGUACACACUACUACAGUUACCGAUGCUGUUUAUGAAGUUGACGUUGCUCGGGGCAUCUGUGUAAAGUCUUCCCGGGAAGGCUCUCCUCUCACACCAGAACGGCGUCAGAGUAUGCCUGACAUUGGUGUAUGUGAAAAUGAAGAAGGAGAAACAGAUGCUGUAGUUGGUGGCAAAAUAGAAUUCCGUGUUCUUGACAAGGACAAGAAGUUGUCUCAUCCCACUCGUCAGACCACCAUUGUUGCCAGCCAGAUCCGAGUAUCGCGCCAGGAGCUGUCAGCGGUGGUGCCAGCUCCUCCUGCUUUUAAUGCAGAUUCAGAAACUACACCUCCUCCACCUCCGCCUCCGCCACCUCUGCCCUCCAUGUUAGACCUGCCUGCUGGAACUACACAUAAAUCAACUUCCCUCCAGUCCAGCCCACUAACCCAUCCAGAGGAACGCUCUAUUUAUUAUGAUGCCCCACCCCCAGAUGACUCCUCUCAUCAAGCCAGUCACAGAACCAAGAGCAGUUCUCCUAGGAAAGACCAAGAUGAAGACGGGCACAAAAGUAUUGAAUCUUCUGAAGGUACAGUGAAAGAUAAGAGUGAUAUUCGUAGCAGUAAGAAGGAUGACUCAAGGAGAAGACUUGGUGUUGUAGCUCUACCAGUGGUCAUGGAAGAUCACAAAGACCGAGAUGUUGAGUCUACACGGUAUGAGUCAGUAAACAAUGCCCCUGAUACCAGUCGAUACGAAACAGCAGCUCAUGAUCAGACCGUCGUGCAGGAGAGUUCCCGUUAUGAAACUGUAAUGGGUGGUCCACUGCCAGAGUCCUCCCGGUAUGAAACAGUCAUGGGCACACGAGAGACUGAAGGAAGAACCAGGCAAGACACCAUCUGUGAAGAAGAGAAAUCACUUUUAUCAGAACGAAGAAAAUCACUAGAAUAUCUAUUAGAAGAAAAGCAGGAUGGAGAUGAUUCACGAAAAAUAUCUGUUAUUAACCUGAAUGACUUAUCUGCUGCCUUUCAAGCCUCCACAAUGAUAAAUCGAUCUAGAACUGUGACACCGUCAGUCUCACCACGGGGAACACCGCCCCAUAGUGAGAGUGGAGGGCGUCGCAGUCGGUCAUCCCGCCACCGCCGCUCCUGUGAGGAUCUCUUAGAGGAAGGAAGUGAGGAGUCUUCCAAAACUAACACACCACGUCCAACAGAUCUGUUAGCACGGUCUUCCUUGUCACCGGACCGACAGCGAAGCAAUGGUGUGAAGAAGUCCCCAGGUAGUCAGGAUGAUUCCUCCCAGAAAAGCCGCAUUCCUGUGCCUAUGUGGGCUCGCACUGCCAAAGAGGGCGAGCCAGAGGGAGGCCUUAUCACUUCAUCUGGGGGAAGAAGUCCACGCUAUUCUGAGUCUGAUCGUGCCGAAGCUGUCCGUAGAAUCUCAGUUGCCUUGGCAGAAAAAGUGGCUUCUCCAGGUAAUGAGGAAGACUCAGUCAGCACAAGAAGUGGUGUGUCGGAGCACCGGUCAGCCCGAGAGCGUGGCUCAGUAGCAUCAGCGGUCAAUGAUUAUCAACGAUCAGGCAGCAAUGAGGACCACAGUGAGGACCUGGCUGACCUGACACCUGCCCUGCGUAGGAGACGACAGGGUGUGGACAAAUAUGUAACAGAUGAAGCCCAGCUCAAUCUUCGCUUCCAGCGCCGCCGCACCCGCCCCAUGUCAGAUGUCACUCCACCACCACCGACCAUACUGCAGUCUAGAAACCGUCAAAGCAACAGACAACGAGUGUCCAUGAUAGAAGCAGGAACAGGUGGUCGAUAUUUUGACACCGGGAGAGGUGUGCCCUCCUACCUCCUCAAGCCCCAGCAUGAAGACUCCAGUGAGUCUGAGAGUUCACAUCCACGAAAGCCACGUCCUCCUUCUUCAGAGCCUCCCUCAGCAGCCAGAGAUGUUGCUGCCAGAUCUCUUCCUCCAUCCCCUCGAAGAGCAAUGAUGAGAAUACGACGUUAUCGGCCUUUGAGUGCAGACAGUGGUGAAAACUUCAGAAGGCAGCACCCACAACGCACAGUCUCUCCAGACUGACAAGAACCUCGGCCCUAGUCUUCAUCGGCAGGAGGAGACAGACAGCUUCCGGAGCCGCUCAUCUGCAAUGCCUCACCUACUACCCAGACACACCUCUUCUCUUCUCACACCCACAAACGCACAAAGUCUCUACCAAGCACAUGCAACAUUUGUACUCACAAGCUCAGCCAUAUGAGGUCAUUCGAUGAAGCAUAUUCAAGUUUCCCCCAGCCAGAGCCACAGCGGUUUGUGAGGGUAAAAGAGGUAAAGAAGCCAAGAAAGACAAGAAAAGUCUGUGGAUGUUGGCAAAUGUUUUUAAGAAGACAAAGGAGAACUUCACCAUCCACAGUAAGCAAAACUGAAGAACUGAGCCAGAGUAAUCUGAACAUCUUACGACCACCAUGUGUGUAAUGGAAUAUAUAUAUAUAUAUAUAUAUAUAUAUAUAUAUAUAUAUAUAUAUAUAUAUAUAUAUAUAUAUAUAUAUAUAUAUAUAUAUAUAUAUAUAUAUAUAUGGUGCUUAUCACUUGCCAUGACAUACCAAGUAUCAAUUGAUUAGAAAGUAUUUUCUCAUGUAAUGAGAUCUAGAAAUGCGUACAUUGCAAAUUGUCUUCUCAUGAAGAUUCUGAUGCAAAUGUGUCUUCUUAUCUAGUGUGAGCCAUUGGAGUGGUGAAAUAGCUGGGUUGAGCAGGCAAAGAAAAUAGAUAAGUUUGAACUGCUGUGGUGGCAUUGGCUUGGUGAGGGUGACAGGGAGCUGUCCUUCCUCUGCUGCCUGUUGUGAGACAUGGGUCCCUGAGGGUGGUGGGAGCCAUGUACCCUCACUUGACAGCUAGAAUCAGGUCAGUGCAAUUGGGUGCAGCCGGUUGUAUCAUCACCUGCACAUGGUUGUGAUAUUUGAUAAUGUACGUUCAGUGUACUUACACUUACUAGGUUAGGUAGUAACUGUGCCAUCCUCUGUUGCCAUUGAUUGACUUUUUAUAGGUCAUGCUGGCCACAAGCCCCCAGGUUAUUAGAGUUAUCUUUUAGCUGAGAAAACAGUAUAAAUGGAUAAUUUUAAUGUAAAUUGAAAUUCAAGACCUAAAAGGCACCUAUGGUCAAAUGUGAUGUAAUAUUCUUUAAUGUUUCUUCUGAUCUAGGUACCUUUAUUCACUUCAAAGGUUCUCAAUAACUAUUGUAAAUUUACUAAUAUAAAUAAGCCUUUGAUAUUGUUCUUAAUGAACUAUUUUGGAGAAUAACUGCAAUAUUAUAGAGUGUCUGAAAGUAUGUAUCUCUUGCAUAUUGCCCAAAUACUCAGUAGUCCUUACACUUUGAAGCUUUGUCGUUUUCUCUAUGCUAAUUCAAGAAUGCUGUAAGUAUUCUUAAGGUGCACAUACAUUAUGCUAAUAAUGCAGUUUGAAUGUUCAUUUGGUAAGUGAGGUCUUGGGUUGUCCCUGUGCCAUCUCCUGUGUUGUGGGUUUGUUGUAUUAGUCUCCCCUCUUUGGUUAAGAGGAAUUCAUUUUAUAAUGCAGAACUGGAAGGUCAAAGGUGUACUUCUAUAGUAUUUAUCAAGACUCACAGGAAGGACUGUGUAUAUUGUGUUUUGACAGUGGACUGCCAUGGAAGAAUUUAUAACAUUAUUUUUAAGAAACAAGAAUUAAGGAAUUGCUAUGUUGAAUGUUGAAAAUAUUGGUGAUGAAACUAUAUUUAUAGUGUGGUCAGUAUCCUGUUGUUUUCACUACAUUACAGAAAGUCUUAUGCAUUACUUGUGGGAAAGCUUGUCAGUCAAGAUAUUGUAUACAUUUCUUUACUUGUUAAUGAAAAUGAGUUAUAGUAUCAAAAAUAUUUGUAUGAAGUUUAAUGAUGGGUAUAUUGAAAUUAACAUUCACUAAUUACUAUGAAUUGUUAUGUCAUAUUUGUGCUCUAGUCAUAAACAUUUGUUCUAGUCAUUUUACAGUACAAAGCUCAUGGCUUUGCAAAAGGAAAAAAAAUGGAGAUGUUAUGAAGCUCCUUUUGUAGGUAUUAUAAUGAUUUAAUCAAGCAUUAGUUUAAUUAUAGUUUUAUUUUUCAUACUCCUUCAGGAGUAUCACAGUGAGUGGAAGCAUCAGUGUGAUACUGAGAUAAGCAAGAGAAUGACUCUUUUUCCCUUCAUACUCAAACAGUUCAUUUACUGACUUGUUUUCCCUCAAACACAAACAGAUUACUUAACUGACUAUGAAGCUUCAGUUGUCCAUGUCCUGUCUCAAGUUUACCAAACUUACCAACUUUAUCUUUGCUGUGAUGUCUUAAUAAGAAAGCCCAAGUUUUGUAAGCAAACGCAAAGCUAAGAUUACUCCAACCAGUGUGAAAAUGGCAAACUGUAGAGCUAUUGAUAUAGUCAAGGUGCUUCACCAUCAUUAGUUUGUUUGUGUGUAUACAUUUCCCACAAGUGUGACUGUGGAAAGAAACACUGAGGCACUGUACAGUCACCAUGAGUCUCUGCAAGUGUCUUCAUGAGAGCAAAUCUAUGAAACAUGGUUAUAGAUAUUAGGUUAGGAUGAGUAAUUAUCAUGCCUUGAUAACUAAGCUAGAUUUAUAUAGAAAUUUACAUUAUACCUCCUCAAAUGUUACUCAAUUUCCACCUGAGGGAAGGAUAAUUUUACUUUUGCCUUAGGGUCAACCAUGUGUUUGCAGUCUUGAAAUCAAAAGCUGUUUGCAUUAUUGAGUUUAGUUUUUUUACUUUCUGCCAAAAGUGUUCCAUAUCUAUAACAUGUAGCUUUAUUGGCAUGGUAGUCAUGCUCCCAAGUAUUAUAUUUCACUGCUCGUAUCGUAUUAAUUGCUUAAUACACUCAACAUUUUAAGGGCAGUGAUGAUCUCAAUUAAAUGGAUAUUGAAGUCUUCAUAUUGUCAUAUUAAGGAAAUUUAGGAUAAAAUCAAAUUAAAUUAGUGAUUAUUAUUAAUUUAUUUAAUUUGAAUAUCAUGAAAGUUCCAGUUUGUCCUUUUCAGUCACAGCAUCACUGUUGGAAAUCAUAUGACUCACUUUAUCAUUGUGAAGUGCAAUAUGAAUUUCCCUGAUUCAGGGAAGAACUAGGUCAGGUUGGGCAGCCAGACAGUGAGCAAAGCAACAACUGAAGACUCUAAGGGUAUGGAUGAAGAAAAAAAAUAUUAUAAUCAUAAGUGAGGAUAGCUCCAUGACGUUCAUAACCUCGCAUUCAGGCAUCGAUAAAGUCACAUGGACUCCUAGGCAGCCUACCUGGUAUUAAUUAACUCUAUGAGUUUGUAUAAUAGCAUGUGGUGGACAGCCGGGUAAUUGCAAAGUUAAGAACGUCAAAUUAAACUAGCGAACGAUCAGUUUUAUACUGUCAGUGCUGUCGGUGAUACCGUCAAUUAUUGAACCUACCGAGAACUUUUCAUAUGUUCUUGAAGGCUGUAUGUGUUCUUUGAGUUGUAUUGGUGAGUGCAGGAGGGAGAGGCUGCUGCUGCCAGCCUCUUACCUUGUGUUCCUUUAUUCUUUGUUUCUUUUUUGCUCAUAUAUCAGUGUCCAUGGCAAUCUUUUUUCAUUUAUUUAUUUUUUUCUUUUCUUUUUUUACUUAUUCAUGUGGUUACUGGUCAUCUGUCUAUAAUGUCCAGAUUGUAUAUUUUUGUUCUGUGUAUUUAGAUUGUUAUUUACAAUUAAAUUAUAGCAAUGCCUUCUAA